GGUACGAGCGCGCAUGCGCACUGUAGAAAAUAGGAGAGGGUUUGAGGUCGAAUAGAAGAGGUUUUAAAAUCAAAUUUCCUUCAGUGUCAGAACUAAAAAUGCCGGAUGAUUAUGAUAAGGACGCGUACCCCGAACCCCCACGUCGGACUCCGGUGGUUGAUAAACAGACUAUUAUUCCAAACCCGGUUUUAAUCGCAUCGAAGAUUUUCUAUUACUCUGUGGAUCUGCCUGUGACCACAUUCAGGAAUGCUCUUGAAAGCCUCCAGCCCAAAAACAAACUCCAGUUCUACCACCAGAAGUUUCGCCGUGUGCCAGAGUUGACCGAGUGCCAAGAAGGCGAUUAUGUUUGCUAUUAUGAAGCAGAUAUGCAGUGGAGAAGAGAUCACAAGGUGGACCAGGAGAUUGUGAAAAUCAUUGAGCAGCGUGCCCGUGCCUGUCAGCAGCGUGAGGGGCCCAGCUACAAGCAGAACUGUGCUAAGGUCCUGCAGCAGUUUAAUGAGGUCUCCAGGGCUUACCAGUCACGCUAUGGUGAUCUUGGUGCAUAUGCCAGUGCAAGAAAAUGCUUAAUGAAGCAGAAAGAGAGGAUGCUAGAACAAGCACAGAAAGCAUAAACUCUUAUUUCUGUUGUGCUUCUCCACUUUAUGUAUAAAUGUGUAAAAUAAAUACAUUUACUGAAAAAAA